AUGCCAGUCGUGAUGGCCCGGGACCUGGAGGAAACAGCAUCAUCCUCAGAAGACGAGGAAGUGGCAAGCCAAGAGGAUCAUCCAUGCAUUAUGUGGACUGGAGGCUGCAGGAGAAUUCCUGUCUUAGUGUUCCAUGCAGAGGCCAUUCUGACAAAGGACAAUAACAUUCGAGUAAUUGGAGAACGAUAUCAUUUGUCCUAUAAGAUUGUGCGGACGGAUAGUCGUCUGGUGCGUAGCAUUCUGACAGCUCAUGGAUUUCAUGAAGUUCAUCCAAGCAGCACUGACUAUAACCUCAUGUGGACAGGAUCCCAUCUAAAGCCUUUCUUACUUCGUACUCUUUCUGAAAUGCAAAAGGUCAAUCACUUUCCCAGGUCUUAUGAACUAACCCGGAAGGACCGACUGUACAAAAACAUUAUUCGAAUGCAACAUACUCAUGGAUUCAAGGCAUUCCACAUCCUCCCUCAGACCUUCCUCCUGCCAGCUGAGUAUGCAGAAUUCUGUAAUUCCUAUUCAAAGGACCGGGGACCUUGGAUAGUAAAACCUGUGGCCUCUUCCAGGGGACGUGGUGUUUACUUGAUCAACAGUCCAAACCAAAUUUCCCUGGAAGAGAACAUCCUGGUCUCUCGUUAUAUCAACAACCCCCUGCUCAUAGAUGAUUUCAAAUUUGAUGUACGCCUCUAUGUGCUUGUGACGUCUUACGAUCCUCUUGUCAUUUAUCUCUAUGAAGAGGGGUUGGCUAGGUUUGCAACAGUGAGAUAUGAUCAAGGAGCUAAGAACAUAAGGAACCAAUUCAUGCACCUGACAAACUAUAGCGUGAACAAGAAGAGCGGGGACUAUGUCAGUUGUGAUGAUCCUGAAGUAGAAGAUUAUGGAAACAAAUGGAGCAUGAGCGCGAUGCUUAGAUACCUGAAACAAGAAGGGAAAGACACAACUGCACUGAUGGCCCACGUAGAGGAUCUGAUCAUUAAGACUAUCAUCUCUGCUGAACUAGCUAUUGCUACUGCUUGUAAAACCUUUGUUCCUCACCGUAGCAGUUGUUUUGAGCUUUAUGGUUUUGAUGUUCUCAUUGAUUCAACUCUGAAACCAUGGUUGCUGGAAGUGAAUCUCUCUCCUUCUUUGGCCUGUGAUGCACCUCUGGACCUAAAGAUUAAAGCCAGUAUGAUUUCAGAUAUGUUUACUGUUGUAGGAUUUGUGUGCCAAGACUCUUCUCAACGGACAGCAACCAGGCCAGUUUAUCCUACAUUUGAGCCUUCCAGGCGAAAUCCCUUCCAGAAAGCUCAGCGUUCUCGUCCCUUGUCUGCUAGUGAUGCUGAAAUGAAAAACCUCGUGGGUUCGGGCAGGGAGAAGGUGCCGGGGAAAUUAGGUGGUUCUGUGCUCGGCCUAUCCAUGGAGGAGAUCAAAGUUUUACGGCGGGUAAAAGAAGAAAAUGAUCGUAGAGGGGGAUUUAUUCGCAUAUUUCCUACAUCGGAAACAUGGGAUGUUUAUGGGUCCUACCUAGAGCACAAGACCUCAAUGAACUAUAUGCUGGCCACACGUCUCUUCCAGGACAGAGUGGCUGUUGAUGCAGGGCCAGAAAUGAAGGUUGAGAAUAUGAAUUCGAAGGCCAAGAUACAUGCUGCUCUUUAUGAAAGGAAGCUCCUUUCCCUGGAGGUACGAAAACGCAGAAGACGGAAUGGCAGAUUGAGGUCACUAAGACCAAAAUACCCAGUGAUGCCACAGCCAGCUGAAAUCUCUAUUAAAACUGAGACAGAGAGUGAAGAAGAAGAGGACGACCCAAUAGAUCAUGAAGAUGAAGAACAGGAAGCAUCCCAAGAGGAUUCUGCAGGGUCUCUUGCUGAAAAUCAAGCCAAAUAUACACCUUCUCUUACUGCCUUGGUAGAAACAUCCCCCAAAGAAAAUCCUUUGAAAGUUCCUGAAUGGAAUGGAGAAACUACUACUUGCUCCAAGGCUGAAAUUCAGCAGACAGAACCCACAUUCAACCUGAUGCAGAUUCUACAAGAAAAUGGAAAUCUCAGUAAAGUCCAGGCUCGAGUAGCCUUCUCUGCCUACCUUCAACAUGUUCAAACUAGACUGAUGAAAGAUAGUGGAGGUCAAUCCUUUAGUGCCAGUUGGGCUGCCAAAGAAGAUGAACAGAUGGAGCUAGUAGUUCGUUUCCUCAAGCGUGCAUCAAGCAAUCUGCAGCAUUCCCUGCGAAUGGUGUUACCCAGUCGCCGGUUGGCCCUUCUGGAAAGAAGAAGAAUCCUAGCACACCAAUUGGGUGACUUCAUAAUUGUCUACAAUAAGGAAACAGAACAAAUGGCGGAAAAGAAAUCAAAGAAGAAACUUGAAGAAGAAGAAGAAGAUGGAGUGAAUCCCGAAAACUUUCAGGACUUCAUCAGCCAUGCAAGUGAGGCUGAACUGGAGGAGGUAUUGACUUUUUAUACCCAAAAAAAUAAGUCAGCAAGUGUCUUUCUGGGAACUAAUUCCAAAGCCCCUAAGAACAGCAACAGUUAUUCUGAUAGUGGAGCAAAAGGUGACCAUCCUGAGACAGUGGAAGAAGUGAGAAUCAAGCAGCCUAAACAUCAACAGGGAGCAGAACUACAUUCUGAAAAAUUAUCACGAUUUACCACAUCAACAGAAAAAGAGAGUAAAUUCCCCUAUAGCACUUCCCUUUGUCCAUCCUCUGGUCCUAGUGCUAUUCUUCAGAAAAUUCCCAACUCCCAUUUGACAUCUCUGAUUCCAUCCUCUGACCUCACACCAGUACCCAGUCAUCACUCUGCUUUUUCCCAAGUUCCUCCAGUUAUCUCCAAUGUGACUCAUCAGCCAACUGCUUUACAGACUGCAACCCCUGAUAACUCUUCUCCCUCCCCACAUUCGGUGUCACAUCGUGUACCUAGUCCAGCUGUACUGCCGCGCUGUCGGUCUGGCAGUUACACCAUUGGCCCUUUCUCCUCCUUUCAAAGUGCUGCUCAGAUAUACAGCCAGAAACUGUCCCGGCCUUCCUCAGCUAAAGCAGGUACAUGUCAUCCAAAUAGACAUCAUGCAGGCUUAGCCAAAACAUCCAAGGAUGGAGAUGAUAGUACUACUACCUUUGGUAAACGAUACAAUCAGAACAUGGUCACAGCUGAGCUUCAGCGGCUGGCUGAGAAACAGGCAGCAAGGCAAUAUUCCCCAUCCAGUCACAUCAGCCUUCUCACUCAGCAGGUAACAAAUCUGAAUUUGGCAAGUGGAGUCACAAAUCGGACAGGUGCUACAUCUCCUCCUACCCUUCGUCCAGUACACAGUCCUGGAGGUCCAACAUGGUCAGCGCAUUCAGACCCUCAAGUCCCUGAAAACAGAACUAGCCCACCAGUAAACAGGAAUAUGCAGACAGGUGGCUUUGCCUGGGAAGGGGAAGUAGAAAACUCAGCAUACAACAAGGCUACAGGAGUGAUGCCACAGCACAAGUAUCAUCCCACCGCUGGCAGCUAUCAACUCCAUUUUGCACUGCAACAGCUUGAACAACAAAAACUUCAGUCUCGGCAGCUGCUUGACCAGAGCCGAGCCAGGCACCAGGCAAUCUUUGGCAAUCUCAUAUUACCCAGUUCCAAUCUGUGGUCUAUACAUAAUUCAGGCUGCAGAAUCUCCAGUGCCACUGCCAGUGGCCAGAAGACUACCAAUAUACCACAGAAAAUGGUGCCAAAUCCAACUUCUUCCUCAUCCCUGGUCCCUAAACCCCCAACCAAUCACAAGCAGGUGCUUAGGAAGAUGACAUCACAAAGAGUUUCCAAGUAA